AUGCUAUCUCUGACUCUGAACCGUCCUUCUCUGUUCCCCAACUCCCCUUCCUUAUCUAAUACCCCUGGGUCUGUCCCAGCAGGAACCCCCCUACCACCAGGCUACCAUUUGGUAUAUUUCACUCCUGCUUUUCUGGAAAAUGAACUUGGCGCCGACGGGACGGACGUAUCCUAUAACCCGGAGUCCCCGUUCACGCGCCGCAUGUGGGCAGGAGGCGAAGUGCACUGGCCGCGAGACGCAGAUGGGAAACCCAAUCCAUUGCGCGUGGGCCAGGAAAUCCAGGAGACUACGAAGGUGCUCAGCGCCGAGCCAAAGGUGGUCCGAAAGACCGGCGAGGAGAUGAUCGUGGUGGGUGUGGAGAAGGAAUUCCGGAAUGAGUUCGGGGUGGCCGUUCUGGAUCGUCGGAAUUGGGUCUUCCGUAAGGCUUUAGCAAUUCCACCAUCGUUGUCGACAUCCUCUGCAACACAGUCGGUGACUUCGGAGCCUGCAUUUUCAUCCACCGUGUCAACAGGAAAUACACACAAACGCACACUGAGGCAAACAGCUGUGACACUGUUCCGCUUUUCUGCACUGACUUUCAACCCACAUAAGAUCCAUUAUUCUACUCCUUGGGCUAGGGAGGUAGAAGGCCAUAAGGACAUUGUUGUUCACGGGCCGUUGAACCUGAUCUCCAUCUUGGAUCUCUGGAGAGAUACACAGCAGUUGGAUCACAAUGACCCAGGCUUGGUCCUCCCGGAGAAGAUUUCCUACCGUGCGACAAGUCCAUUAUAUGUAGAUGAUGAGUAUUGUAUCGUGCUUGAGGAAGGAGACGGCGUCGGAAGGAAAUGGCUGAAAUUCGAGUACGGGAUCCUUACUCUACAACUAGUGAGAAAAAGAGGACCCGGGUCCAGCUCUCCUGUACCGCGUGUAGGAGCCGAAAGUAAGCAUGCGCACGGUUCCUCGGAGGCUGUAGAGACUGACGACCGUCUGCAGCAUCUGGAGAAUCUUAUUCUGUCUCUAGCGCAGAAGAAAAAACUCAAAGAAACCAAGAGUAUAGAGACUUCCAUGCUGCGACCUGCACAAGACACUAGCAUGCCAGAUGGCAGCCAAGUGAUACUGGAUACGCCUUCUUCAAACUCAAGCUGGGAAACGAAGGCUUCCUCUAUUGACGUAUCCAGUAAGCUGGUUGUCAAAGAUGCAGGGACGAGCUACAUUGAUGGCGCUCAUUGGAGCGCUAUUCUUGAAGAAAUUAAUGGAGUCAAAGAGUAUCUACAAGGCGGCGACGAAAUAUCGGACGAAGAAAGCGAAGACAGUGAAGCUCUCGAUCCUACAUCCCCGACUCUCCUGUUCGGGUUGAGCAAGACCGCAAGCAUAGAGGAACUGCUAGCUGAUAUUCCACCUCGGCCUGUCUGUGAUCGAUUGAUUUCUCAGUUUCUCAAAAGCAAAGAGCCUCUCAUAGUGGUUUACCAUAUUCCAACCUUCCAAAAAGAGUACAAUCAGUUCUGGCUAAACCCGCAGGACAUCUCACUUCCAUGGCUCGGUUUACUGUACGCAGUCUUGACUUUGGCUGUCGCUGUCCAUCAACGUCUCCAAGAGCCGCUUCCCAGCCCCCUGGAGGACGCUUCGGAAAUCAUCAAUACAUUUCGUAAACGAAACGCCCAGUGCCUGGCCCAGUCCAACUAUAUCCAACCCGGGAAGUACAAGGUCGAGGCGCUGUUUUCGUACGUGAUGGGAGAGUUUUACCGGAGCAAUGAUGCCCAAGUGAGUGUCUCGUUCCUCCUUGGGACUACGAUAAGGCUGGCCAUGCGGAUGGGGUAUCACCGGGAUCCGCAGCACUUUUCCAGCAUCCCCCCUUUCGAGGGAGAAAUGCGACGGCGAGUGUGGUCUAUUAUGCGACAGCUGGAUAGUUUGAUUUCGUUCCAAGUCGGUCUGCCCCGGACCAUCCAAGAUUGGCAGCACGAUACGGAAAUGCCACGGAACUUAUUUGACGAAGACCUGUAUGAAGGCAUGCAGCAACUUCCUCCGUCGCGACCAGACAGUGAGCUCACAACAACGUCGUAUACGCGGGUCAAGUCGAGACUCAUGUCCGUGUUCGGUAAAAUCAGUGAUCUCGCGUAUUCGCGAGAACCUGUGACAUACGAAGAGACGUUGGAGACCGACCGACGUCUAGAAGAGGCGCACAAUGAAGUCACGCCGAUAUUCAAGAUCCGACCGAUCGAGCAGUCGAUCGCGGACCCGGCAGAGCUGAUCCUCGGUCGCUAUACGUUGGAGCUGCUUUAUCAGAAGGCCCGGUGCGUGCUGCACCGGAGGUAUCUGGGCGAGGUCCAUACCAAUCUCCGGUACGCAUAUUCCCGAUGGGCGUGCAUGAGUGCGUCGAAGGAAAUCUUGCGACAACAGGUGGAUCUCCACCACGAAACCCAACCAGGGGGGAUCCUGUAUCGGGAUCGGCAGUUCCCGAACUCUCUGCAGUAUACGGACUAUUUGCUCGCAGCCAUGAUCAUUUGCUUAGAGCUGUCGCACAACCAAACCACGGGAACAGAGGUGGAGCAUCCAAAUAACGAAGUCGCUGUGGUGAUCAACGGCCGUGAGGAUCUCCUUGCAGCACUAGAAGUGUCCCAUAGCAUUUUUGAAAAAUCACGCCAGCAGUCUGCAGACGCACAGAAAGCAUACAAUGCUUUGACGGUCAUGCUGCGGAGGGUCAAGAGAGGAUUACAAUCUCUGUCGCCUCAGCUGCAGCCGCGUCCUCAGGAGAUCGCAAAUGAACCAACCCUUGGUACGGUUUAUGCCCAACCUCCACCAUAUGGCAGCUGGCAGGGAUAUCAGAAUCCAUCGUACGCUCUUCAUAUGAGCGCAGACCCGAUACCUAGCACUAUGGAUUUAGAGCUGCCAGUAACCUCAUUGGAUGUUAUUGAAGAUAUGCUGAAUGCGCCCACCAACCUCGACUGGGGUCUUUGGGACCAGCAAAUCCAAGGGCUGGAGGGGCGUGGAAUGUGUUUUUUGAACAAUCCGGAGGAGGCAAACCCCGGCACUGAGAAUGUCUAG